CAUUAAAAAAGCUAUGAUUCACAUGCGAAAAAAAGAAUUGCAUGUAGGGAGAACGGUCCUUUAAUAUUUUUCAUUUAUUGCACCAUCCUAUUAUCGCAUCCUACAAAUAUAGUCAGCUAAGGACUUACGUCAAAUGCACUAAAUAAACAAAAUUGGAAAGCUAUGGCUGAUGAUUUUAUAACAAUAAAUAAUUUAGAUGGAAAUGCGUUGCCUUUGACCGAAGGUUGCAGGAUGCCUGUUAGGAUGAGGAACUUAGAUGAAACUCCUGCUGAAGGUGCACCUCGGGAAAUUCAACUGGCAGAAUAUGUACUGGCUGAAAUCCUGAGCAUUAAAGAAACUUCUGAUGGAGAGUCCUUGUAUUAUGUCCAUUAUAUAGAUUUUAAUAAACGUCUUGAUGAGUGGGUUGGUAAAGAUCGUUUGGACCUUACUAAAGUUCAGCAACCAAAAAAGGAAGUCAAAACACCGUUAAAAGAAAUUAAAAAUGGUUCUCGACCAUGCUCUCCAGAAAAGGAAAUAAUUGUAAAAGAAGAACCAAUUCAUUUAUUACAAAAUGGUGGUAUUGCUCCUCCAAAAAAGUCAACUGCCGGAAGGAAAAGAAAGUUUCCUGGUGCGACGGGAGAUGAGCUCAUCAUUAAUCAAGAUUCAAAAGAUGCUGCUCCUAGUCCAAGAACUACUGGAAGUUUAGUUGCCCACCAUGAUGAUCUCAUAACAAGGAUGAAGAAUAUAGAAAUGAUAGAAUUGGGAGGUCACAUGAUAAGACCUUGGUAUUUCUCACCUUAUCCCCAAGAACUUGUUAGUUUGCCAUGUAUAUAUUUGUGUGAGUUUUGUCUUAAAUAUAUGAAAUCCAGAGGUUGUUUAAAAAGACACAUGGCCAAGUGUAAUCUUCGCCAUCCUCCCGGCAAUGAAAUUUAUCGCAAAACUUCCAUAUCAUUUUUUGAAAUCGAUGGUAGAAAAAAUAAAGUAUAUGCUCAGAAUCUUUGCUUACUAGCAAAGUGCUUUCUAGACCAUAAAACUUUAUACUACGACACAGAUCCUUUCUUGUUCUAUGUUAUGACAGAACUGGAUAACAGUGGCUUUCACAUUGUUGGAUAUUUUUCAAAGGAGAAGGAAUCUACUGAAGAUUAUAAUGUGGCUUGUAUAUUAACUCUUCCCCCCUAUCAGCGUAAAGGGUAUGGAAAAUUACUUAUAGAAUUCAGUUAUGAACUUUCUAAAUUUGAAGGAAAGACAGGUUCUCCCGAGAAACCUCUGUCAGAUUUAGGAUUGUUGUCCUAUCGAAGUUAUUGGUCUGAAACAAUUUUGGAAAUUUUAGUCAAUGUGAAGCCAACUGAAAAUUGUGAGAGACCACAAAUAACUAUCCAAGAAAUAUCUGAACAGACAAGUAUAAAGAAGGAAGACGUGAUAUCAACACUACAGUACCUGAAUCUAAUACAUUAUUACAAAGGACAAUAUAUAAUAACUCUCACCAAAGAAGUAUUGGAUGCAUAUCAGAGGGCGUACGAAAAGAGACCCAUACGCAUUGAUUCACAAUCACUGCACUGGACACCCAAAGACUGGUCUAAGAGAGGGAAGUGGUAGCCAUAGAAGAUUUUUUAUUUCAAUUCUCUGUUAUAUUUUAUUCUUUAACUCCAGAUAAGGAGUACGAAUAGAAUCUGUUUGCUUUCCCAACAAGCUUGUUCUUUUUGUUACUGAAGGGAGAAAGGAUGUUGGGUUGCGUUAUUUUAUUUAUUUUAAUUCGAGAGAUUAUCUUAAUAGCACAAGCAUUGAGACGUGAAGCUUUGUGUUAUGUUCACACAUUGUUAAACUUACCGACUGAAUGUGGCAGAAUACAUCAGGAGCAGAUCACUAUUAUUGUUGCAAAAUAAUUCUUAAAUAAAAAUUAUUUAAAACAAAAAUAUGCACCCAAGUCUUUGUUUUUUACAAUUUUUUUUAAAAUUAUCAUUGGCAUUAGAAAUAAAAUCAGGGUAUCUGCACACCUGGAAAGUCAUGAAAAAUCAUGGAUUUCAGUAGUUAACAAAACUUUUUAUGAAAUAACAUGAUUUUAGCUAUUUAAAAAAAAAAAAAAACAUUAAAAAUCUAAAUUUUAAAAUGAAAUUCUCCCCACCUCUCCCAGUUUCGCAGUGUUCCGAAUAUCUGAAUUAGUAACAAAAUCCCCACUCAUAGUUUAUUAAAAUAUAAAUUUACCCUGUUCUUUAAAAAUUAUGGUGUUCUUUCAGUGUUUGACAGAAAGAACAUCAUUUGUAGAGCAAAUUAUCUUUUAAGCUUCUGUAAUUUCAGAUUUUUUAUUUUAUUUAUAUUUUUCAUUUUAUCAACUUAAAAUUCUAGCUUAGGCUUUUUAUAUCACACUUACUUUUAAGAAGAAAUAAAAAAAGGUUUUAAUAACUACAUAUAUCUGACUGCAUUUAGUUAUUUGCUUUUGUAUUUUUUUCAGCUAUUUUAUUGCUUCAAAUCUUUUUUUACUCUGUUUUUUAAGUUUAAAAUCAAUAAAUAUGAAGAUCCAGAGUAUAACAGCUUUGGUUAUACCUAUCAUUUCAGUUCAUGUUGUUAUAAUGCUUUUUUUAAAUUUAUUGUUGUGUUUUUGUUGGAAAAAAUAGUAUGAACGCUUCGAAAAUAAUACUUAAAAUAGAAAAUAAUACUUCGGUAAGUCAUGAAAAAUUCUUGGAAUUAUUCAUGAAAGUCAUGGGUUUGAAAAUCUAAAAUGUAGCAGAUACCCUGUAAAAUCAAACUAAUUAAUCAAUUUUGUUUUGCUUUGGAAAUUGCCAAAGUUAAUGCAGUUUAUAGAGAAUUGUGGUUUCUAGAAUUGCGUCCUAUAAAUCUCUCAUUUUAUGCUAUUUAUAGUGUUCUUAUUCCAAAUAGCAUAUUUUUACACUUACUGCUCUAUGACACUAAGUAUCAAAUAUUUUACCAAUAAAAAAAUGACUGGAAAAUAAGCAUUUUUUGAACUCUCAUUUGAAAAAUUGAGUGUCCAUUUAUUUUUUUCUUCUGUGCUAUUUCAAAAAUUCUAUGACUAUUUAUUAAUGAAUUUAUUCAACAUGUAUACAAGAGUAUUGUUCGAUUAAGUUUAUUUAUUAUUAUUUUGUAUGUUGAUGUAAAUAUUGUUCAAUGAAAGCUUAGAAAAUAACUUUUGAAAAUUGACUAGAUUAAAUGAGCUUCGUAAAUUUUUCACAUUUAGUUUUAGCAAACGAUUGAAUUUUCUUUCAUAUUUUGAUUUGUACUUCUUUUAAUUCUCAGCUGAGGUUUUAAUAGCAAUCCCUAAAAUGAAGUUUGCAAAGGUAAUUUAUUUUUAUGUUAUUACAAAACAAUUAUUUUAAGUAAGAAAGCUUGAGCUUUAGGUCAGGUUAGGAAGAAAAAAAAGUUAUUUUUAUUUUUUAUAUUGUUGUAAAAUUGUCUGAAAAACUUAUCAGAUACAAAUUAUAUUCAUCUAACCAUUAGAUAGUCUUAAAUUUCUCUAUCAGGUGAGGGCAAUUUAAAGUUAUGCAAAUGUAAAAUUAUGCAAAUUUAGUAAUGUAAGAGAAAUUCAAAAUCACUCUUCUCUUUUCUAAUUUUUUUUAAAUUUCCAAUUCCCAAAUGUUUUAAUAUUUUGUCAAUUCAGGGCAGAUAUGUUGGUUACUCUUUCAGGGGCACUAUAUUAGAUGGGCCAACGUUGCUCCCACAGUAAGGACAGAUAGUACAGAGAAUUAAAGAACAUCUAUACUUUGCAAGGGAUUGGUACCUAGAACCUUUUCAAUGCAAGGACCCCUACACUGCCCUGUCGGUGAUUCCCAUAAAUCCUUAUGAUUGUUUUAUUAAUGACUCCCAAGAAAUUACUUUUUGAAAUUUUUUUCUGUAGAAUUCCAAGCGUAACAGAGAGGAAAUCACACAGGUCCUAAAAAACGCAUUAAAUAUAUGUGAAAAAGAAAAAUUAUGCAAUAAUAUGCUACUUUAAGAUGCAAUGUUCAAUUUAAUUGCAUAAAAUAAUAAAAGAGCCUCAUAAUUUAAUUGCCAGGUUAUUAAAAGCGUCCGUAACAGAGGGGACAAAGAGAAUUCCACAUUUUUGACAUGCACUGUUAUUUCCACUAUAAUCUGUGAUUUGGAACAUCCUAAACAUUAUUUGUAAUUUUUUUUUUAAUUAUCACAUUUCAAGGUAAAAUAAAUUAUCAUAAGACUUUUUAAAUUGCUUACACAUUUUUAUUAACUUCAAUACAUGCAAUGUAACAGAGGGGACAUUUUGCAAAUUUGAUAAAUAGUUACAAGGAAAUAUGCUAUUUAAUUAAACAUUGCACCUUAAAGUAGCAUAUUAUUGCACCAUUUUUUGUUUUCACAAAUAUUUAAUACAUUUUUUAUGAUAAAAUACCUGUGUGAUUUCCCCUCUGUUACACUUGGAAUUCUACUACUGGUUUCAUUUGGCAUGGAAUUCAAUUUCUCUCUUUAGUCAUGAAAUGAGAAUUAUUAAACUGGCUUGCAAUAGUAUUGCAAAAAUCAAUAUUUUGUAUAGUUUUUUAACUAUGCUCAUGUGUGAAUAUUUUGAGAUUAUUUAAAGUUACAAAAUCGCUAUCUGAUGACAAAACUUUCAAUGGCCGUCUUAACUUUUUGUUAUAAAAAUCAAAGUUUAGAAAUUGUUUACUCAUGUUUUGAUUUUUAUCAAUGUUUUUUUCAAACAAUAGCAAUAAUUUUAAUUCUAAACACUUCUCCCCCUCUCUAAAAAAUCAGUUACAAUUUCUUUACUCCUUCUAAUCUUGUUAACUUUUUUACUAUUUACAUUAAUCUAAAUGUAAAAUUCCAAAAAUCUUGACCCAGAAUUUUUUUUUUUAAAUAUUUUUAUGUUUUACAUUGAUUGCAAUAUGUACUGCAAAGUUAAUUUAUUAAAACUAAUAAUUUGUAAUUUGAUACAAAAAAUUACUGUAGAUUAUUUUUGUCUUUUGCAAUAGCUAAAAGUAUAAAUAAAUUCAAUGGGUUUUUGAAACAAAAAUAUAAAUUGUAACUGUCUUUAGUAUUUCUGUCUUGUGCUAAAGCUGUCUCUUUAUCAGCCAAAUAGCGUUUGUAUAAAGCUUAACAAUGUUAAUAAAGAACAAAUAAUAGCACAAAAAAGGGCAUACUAUGGUUUGAGUUCUUUAAAGAAGAACCUUACGAAUGUCGAAACACUAUUUAUGUUUCAACACUGUAUAUCCAUUCAAAUGUUUGUCUUUGGAUUUUCCAUACUGUUAAGUAAAGGAUAAAAGAACUUGUAUUAUGUGUUUAUUGUAAAUAUUUUUAUGUACAGUUAAAAUAUUCCAAUAAAAGUUUUAAUGAAUUUUCUAAUGUAA